AUGAUAGUGAACCUUACCAUCUUCGCCAACUUGCUGACAAAGAGAGUUGGGCAUUGCUGCAAAAUAAGCUAUUUGGCAAAGAAGGGACUACCUCUCACGAUUGUCCUUGUUGCUGGAAUUCUUGUAACUACUGAGCAAGAUUGCUGGAAAGAAGUUGCAAAAACUCUAAGUUCUUUAAGUAUUGUUGAGAUUGAACAAUGCAAGAGGACACUGGAGUUGAGUUACAGUAAUUUACCAGGUCAUCUGAAGCCAUGCCUUCUUUACUUCGGAGCAUUCCCGGAAGAUGAAGACGUCCCUGUUCGAAAAUUGAUCUGGCUUUGGACCUCUGAAGGAUUUCUGCAAAAGACUGAAGGAAAGAGCUUAGAGGAUGUGGUGAUUGAAGAACAACUUUGUGCUUCUUCCUCGGAGGAAGCUGGUCUUGGUCUCGAGCACCAUUUGCAUCGUGGGCGUGCACUGGCUGCUUUUAAUCAUCUCCUUGCUUUGAGAGUUCAAAAACUGAAUACAGAAAAAAGAGGGUCCUCUGGAACCUCAGUACCUGGGCAAACAAAUGUGCAGUCAGAUUUACAUGCACUUCUUGCACCUAUAUCUCAGAAUGAGGAAUCUCUUCUUUCAACGGUUGUGCCCCUCGCCAUUUUGCAUUUUGAGGAUUCAGUGUUAGUGGCUUCUUGUGCUCUUCUUUUGGAGUUAUGCGGUUUGUCUGCCAGCAUCCUCCAAAUUGACGUUGGUGCUUUAAGAAGGAUAUCUUCUUUCUAUAAAUCUGGUGAUCAUGGAAAUCAAACAGUGGAACUUUCGCCCAAGGGUUCCGCUGUACAUACAAAAUCUAUUGAAGGAGAUGUAACAGAAUCUCUUGCUCGGGCAUUGGCAGAUGAUUAUCUUCGCAAUGAAUCUUCCAUUUGUGUAAAGCAAAGAGACCUCCAGAACAAUGUCACUGGAAAAUUGCCAACAAGAGCUCUCAUGAUGGUCCUGCAACAUUUGGAAAAAGCAAGUCUUCCAGUUUUUGGUGGUGGGAUGACGUGUGGUUCGUGGUUAGUAACUGGUAGUGGUGAUGGAACUGAGUUGAGGUCUCAACAGAAAGCUGCAAGCGAGAAGUGGAAUCUAGUCACGGUUUUCUGUCAGAUGCACCAGAUGCCCUUAAGCACCAAAUAUCUUGCUUGCUUAGCUAGAGAUAAUGACUGGGUUGGGUUUCUAUCAGAAGCUCAAGUUGGAGGAUACCCUCUUGAAACAGUCAUACAAGUUGCAUCAAAGGAAUUUAGUGAUCCACGCCUGAAAAUUCAUAUAUUAACAGUUUUGAAAAGCAUGCAAUCACGAAAAAGAGUUUUUCAUUCACCAAAUUCAGAUAUUGCUGGGCAACAGUUUGAAGUUUUCAUAUCAGAUGAAAACCUUUAUGCAUCUGUUGAACUCUUUGGUAUAAUAGCAGAAUGUGAGAAACUUAAUAAUCCAGGUGAAGCUCUUCUCUUGAAGGCCAAAAACUUGAGCUGGUCAAUUUUGGCUAUGAUCGCAGCAUGUUUUCCAGAUGUAUCUCCCUUGUCAUGUCUGGCCAUUUGGCUGGAAAUAACUGCAGCAAGGGAGACUUCUGCCAUCAAAGUUAAUGACAUUGCUUCCCAGAUUGCAAAUAACGUUGGAGCAGCUGUUGAGGCUACUAAUUCCCUGCCAGUGGCUGCUAGAGCCCAUACAUUUCACUAUAACAGGAAAAGUCAGAAAAGGAGACGGCUUAUUGAGCCCAUGUUGGAAAAUUCAUUGUCUUUGACAGCUUUUGAUGUAUCUACCACUUCUGGCGGUGCAAAGUUUGAAGAAAUCAUGCCUGAAGAGGAAAGGGGACAAAAAAUUGAUGAAGAUGUAACCGUGUCAUCUAAUUCUGAUGAAGUAGUUAAUUCCCUUUUGAGAAUGGUCGCUGUUCUGUGUGAACAACACCUGUUCCUUCCAUUGCUGAAGGCAUUUGAGAUAUUCCUGCCAUCCUGUUCUCUCUUACCUUUUAUCCGUGCACUUCAGGCAUUUUCUCAAAUGCGCCUUUCAGAAGCUUCAGCACAUCUAGGGUCCUUUUCUGCCAGAAUUAAGGAAGAACCUUCUCAGACACAAACAAAUUUUGCAAGGGAAGGACCAACAGGGAGCUCGUGGAUAAGUUCCAUAGCUGUGAAAGCAGCUGAUGCGAUGCUUUCGAUGUGCCCUUCACCUUAUGAGAAAAGAUGCUUAUUACAACUUCUCGCUGCGACUGACUUUGGUGAUGAUGGAUCUGCUGCAACAUAUUAUCGGCGACUUUAUUGGAAAAUAAACCUUGCAGAACCUUCACUACGUAAAGAUGAUGGCCUCCAUCUUGGAAAUGAGACGCUAGAUGAUGCUUCCCUGCUAGCAGCAUUAAUAAAGAAUGGUUGUUGGGAGCAGGCACGCAAUUGGGCCAAGCAACUGGAGGCUAGUGGUGGAUCUUGGAAGUCUGUUAUACACCAUGUUACUGAAAUGCAGGCUGAAUCCAUGGUGGCAGAAUGGAAGGAGUUCCUUUGGGAUGUCCCAGAAGAGAGGGUUGCUUUGUGGGGCCACUGUCAAACACUUUUUAUCAGAUACUCCUUCCCAGCAUCACAGGCAGGGUUAUUUUUCCUCAAACAUGCAGAGGCAGCAGAGAAAGAUCUCCCAGCAAGAGAGCUUCAUGGACUAUUGCUGCUUUCUUUGCAAUGGUUGAGUGGAACAAUAACUCGGUCUAAUCAGGCAUGUCCUCUAAACCUUCUGCGAGAGAUUGAGACUAAAGUGUGGCUUCUAGCUGUAGAGUCAGAAGCUCAGGUGAAAAGUGAGGGGGAUUUCCCCCAGAGCAAUUGUGGUAGGGAACUUGGGAUUGGGAAGAGCUCCAGCAUUAUGGAUCAUACUGCAGACAUCAUCACAAAGAUUGACAAUCAUUUGAAUUCAAUGAAAAUGAAAAGUGUAGACAGAAGUGACUUCAGGGAGAAUAAUCAGACACAAUUAAAGACCCAUCAAGCAUUAGUAGACGACUUUAUGGCUUCCACCGGAGGGAACAGCAAGGCAAAAAGGAGAGCCAAGGGCUUUGUGCAAUCAAGACGGCCUUUAAAUGAUGCAGUGGAUAAAAGCAAUGAGUUUGAAAGUGUCUUCUUCUCCCAGAGUCACAGAGAUGAUUCACAAUUAGUGGAUGACAACUUUAAAUUUGAAGCAUCCCUUUCAAGGUGGGAGGAAGGAGUUGGACCUGCAGAGCUGGAAAGAGCCGUUCUUUCAUUGUUGGAGUUUGGACAAAUUGCAGCUGCCCGACAGCUGCAACAUAAGUUGUCUCCAGGUCAAAUUCCAUAUGAAUUUGUUGUCUUGGAUGCUGCUUUGAAGCUGGCUGCUCUCUCAACUCCAAACAACAAAAUGUCUGUCUUGCUAUUGGAUGAUGAAGUGCGCUCUGUGAUACAGUCUAACAAUUUCGUGGCUAAUCAUCAAGUGAUUGAGCCACUUCAGGUAUUGGAUGGUCUAGCAGCCAUACUCGCUGAAGGCCGUGGGCGAGGAGUUUGUAAGAGAAUUGUGGCUGUUGUAAAGGCUGCAAAUGUUUUAGGUCUGUCAUUUUCAGAAGCAUUUGAUAAGCAGCCAAUUGAACUAUUGCAGCUUCUUACUCUCAAAGCACAAGAUUCAUUUGAAGAAGCAAAUCUCCUUGUGCAAACGCAUUCUAUGCCAGCUUCUAGUAUUGCUCAUGUUCUUGCAGAAUCCUUUUUAAAGGGCUUAUUAGCUGCACAUCGUGGUGGAUACAUGGAUUCCCAGAAGGAGGAAGGACCUGCUCCUUUGUUGUGGAGAUUUUCAGACUUCUUGAAGUGGGCCGAGCUUUGUCCCUCAGAACCAGAAAUUGGCCAUGCGUUGAUGCGUUUGGUGAUCACUGGGCAAGAAAUACCACAUGCCUGUGAGGUUGAGCUUCUGAUACUGUCCCACCACUUCUACAAGUCAUCAGCAUGCCUGGAUGGUGUUGAUGUUCUUGUAGCUCUUGCAGCAACCAGGGUAGAAGCUUAUGUAUCUGAGGGUGAUUUCACGUGCUUGGCUCGUUUAAUAACUGGAGUCGGAAAUUUCCAUGCGCUGAAUUUCAUACUCGGAAUCCUUAUUGAAAAUGGUCAACUUGAUCUUCUUCUUCAAAAGUAUUCUGCUGCUGCAGAUGCAAAUACAGGCACCGCUGAAGCAGUUAGAGGAUUUCGUAUGGCUGUUCUUACGUCACUCCAGCAAUUCAACCCCCAUGAUCUAGAUGCAUUUGCCAUGGUUUAUAAUCACUUUGACAUGAAGCACGAAACUGCUGCUCUCCUGGAGUCACGUGCAGAGCAAUCUUCUCAUCAAUGGUUCCUCCGUUAUGACAAAGAUCAGACUGAUGAUCUACUGGAAUCUAUGCGGUAUUUUAUUGAAGCUGCUGAAGUUCACUCCUCCAUUGAUGCUGGCAAUAAAACACGCAAAGCUUGCGCUCAGGCAUCACUCCUCUCUCUUCAGAUUCGAAUGCCAGAUUUGCAAUGGCUCAAUCUUUCUGAAACUAAUGCACGAAGAGCACUAGUUGAGCAAUCUCGUUUCCAAGAGGCACUAGUCGUUGCUGAAGCCUAUGGUCUUAACCAGCCAAGCGAGUGGGCCCUGGUGCUUUGGAACCAAAUGCUCAAACCAGAACUCACUGAACAGUUUAUGGCCGAGUUUGUUGCUGUACUCCCUCUCCAGCCCUCAAUGCUUGUUGAGCUUGCAAGAUUUUAUAGGGCUGAGGUUGCUGCCAGGUGGGACCAAUCCCAGUUUUCCGUGUGGCUGACAGGCGGAGGGCUGCCAGCUGAGUGGGCGAAGUACCUUGGUAGGUCAUUCAGAUGUUUGCUGAAAAGGACUAGGGACUUGAGGUUGCGGCUGCAGUUGGCUACGACAGCCACCGGGUUUAUUGAUGUUAUUGAUUCAUGUAACAAUGCGUUGGAUAAGGUUCCUGAAAAUGCUGGGCCACUUGUCUUGAGGAAAGGGCAUGGAGGAGCUUAUCUCCCUUUGAUGUGAAAAUUUGGGCAUGAAUCACUUGAAAUUGGAUCCUUGAGAUCUUGAACACGAUUUUAGCGGUGCUGCAUUAUGAUAUCAUCACGACAGAUCUCCUGCAAUUCUCUGUGAACAGCACCAAGCAAAGCAUGCCAAGAAAUCAACAUCAUGUACUAACAAUGAGUUUGGAGUUUUCUCCAAGAUAGCCAAGUAGAAGCAGCAUCAAUCCUUGAUGAAGACUAGGCAGGUUGUUUUUUUUACAGAAAUCUUGUGAAUAUAAUGCAGUUUCGGCAUCAUUUAAAAAAAAAAAAAAAACUUUUCCCCCAACUUUUUCAUACUGGGGCGAGCUGAUUUGAGUGUACGAGUGAAAUUUUGGCCUGUAAGAAAUGUACAUGAUGAGAACUGUACAAUAUGUACAUAGAUAUUUGAAGUGAAAUUUAUCUGAAUUGGCUGGUUUUUCUUGAGGUA